CAUUGAUUAUGUAAGUGCUUAAAGACCAGGAUUUCUCCCCAAUAUAACAGACUGAAUCCUCUUGGAUGGGGAAAGUUUGAAACGUAUCUACUAUAAUAUAUAUAUAUAUGGAAAAGUUAGAGCCCAUCACUGCAUGACGGCUCCUUGGAUCUGACCUUUCUUUUCUACCUUCCACUCACAUCUUGGGUACGUCUUCUGUUCAUGAUUAUAAAACUCACCUUCUUUGGGUGCAUUGCACUGUUGGACCGGUGCAAAGUUUGCUAUAAAUUGAUGAGAGGACCGCCAACUAAUGGGUGUGUCGGUUCUACUACACAUCCUAAUCUCCUCCCCAUCUUCAGAGAAAUGGAAAAGGGUGCGCUAGAACAUGGUGUUGUUGUCUCUAAUCUAUUUCCAGCUCCAAAGAGAUGGGAUGAAGAAAAUGGCCUCCAUGUAAAAAUCCACACUGAAGAGAAGAAGCUCCGACUAUUCGGCUUCGAAGUGGAUCCCUAUGCAAACGAUGGAAGGUGCUCGAGGGCGUCGGAGGAAGGAGAUGAAAGUGCAAAUUCGUCGAACACAGUUUCAUCUCAGAGGGAGGAGAAGUCUAUGAAGGAGAAAAUCCCAACAGGUGAGCCAGCUGAAGACAAGAAGUACGAGUGCCAAUUUUGUUUCAAAGAGUUUGCAAAUUCACAGGCGCUAGGGGGUCACCAAAAUGCCCAUAAAAAGGAGCGACUAAGGAGAAAGAGGUUGCAACUUCAAGCGAGGAGGGCAAGCAUCAACUGUUACCUUCAACCUUUCCAGAAUCGCCAAGGUUUCGGUUACCAUCCCUCUCAGCCACUUUUCUACGAUUCCUCCUGCUUUUUACCCGAUUCCACAUUCUUUGAAGAGUCUCAUAUUAGUUUCAGUCCUUUUGAUCAAAAUGUAUACCUCAGCGGGGCCCAAGUAUCAAAGUCAUAUGUUCUACCCACUCGUUUUCCUCUCCAACAAGAUGCAUGUAUGUUCACCCUUACACACACAAACAGUUUCGGUGAAAACAGACCUGUGGUCAUUAAGCCCUCGCCCUCGCCUGUUUCCAAGCAAAGCUGUAAAAGUCUUGAUCUUCAGUUGGGGCUUACCAAGCAAUCAAAUAUUUGCAGCUCCUCUGGAAGUAGGCUUUAAUAGAUCCUCUUACAGAUAGAUGGGGCAUAAUUAGCUUCUUCAGUGCUUUCAUGCGUGAACCUUUCCGUGGCCACAUGGAUUCACUGGUGAUCUUUAAGGUUUAUCAAGGUGUUCAACCAAACCACGGUUUGUCGCUAGCUUGAGAUAUAGUGUAGAAGCUGUCAAUCACACAAUAUUGUGAUCACUGAAGACACCCCAUACUUAGGCCAUUCACAAAUCAGUGAGGAGACAUAUACGGUUCCAGGAUUCAGCUUAUUAUCAUACAAAACUACAAAAGCAGGUUAUGUUUAUUGCACCACAAAGCAUGAGAUAUAGUGGCAAGAGGCCUACAACUGGGCUAGUCACAGUAUGGAAUGAACAGGUUUGACCGAUGAAACUUAUCUAGAAGUUCUGCAGAUUGUUAUGGCUACAAGCAGUGUUUCAUGUGUUUGAUGUCAACAAUAUAUUUAUAUCUUUACAGUGUAGAAGCAUUCAUUGUGAAUUAUGUGUUAAUGACUUCUCAUAAGUGAAAACCCAAAAUCAAAUAUGGGACCCAUCUCCCAGAAUCAGAGAACAAUGAAAACUUGUAUAGGGUUCAGGGAUGUUCCCGGCCUCACAGUUUUCCCAACAAAUUCCCUACAAAACAAAUUGCUUCCAGUAACCACCACUCUAUGAUUUUCUUCUUA